GCCGGGGUCUAAGGAGAACCUGGGAAAGGCUUUACCGCCGUUACCUUCUCGUCUGCUGCGCUUGACCCUUCCCAGCACCCGCGAUGCCAAGGCCACUGCGAGGGACGAGGGAUUGUCGGGGUUGAGCCCCCACUGAGCCGAGGGCUCACGCUCUUCAGAUCUCCCGGGCUCGCCCCACCUGAAGAAAUGAGUGGUGGAUUGGCCCCAAGUAAAAGCACAGUGUAUGUAUCCAACUUGCCCUUUUCCCUGACCAACAAUGACUUGUACCGGAUAUUUUCCAAGUAUGGCAAAGUUGUAAAGGUUACUAUAAUGAAAGAUAAAGAUACCAGGAAGAGUAAAGGUGUUGCAUUUAUUUUAUUUUUGGAUAAAGACUCUGCACAGAACUGUACCAGGUCAAUAAACAACAAACAGCUGUUUGGUAGAGUCAUAAAAGCAAGCAUUGCUAUUGAUAAUGGAAGAGCAGCUGAGUUCAUCCGAAGACGAAACUACUUUGAUAAAUCUAAGUGUUAUGAAUGUGGGGAAAGUGGACACUUAAGUUAUGCCUGUCCUAAAAAUAUGCUUGGAGAACGUGAACCUCCAAAGAAAAAAGAGAAGAAGAAAAAAAAGAAAAUUCCUGAACCAGAAGAAGAAAUUGAAGAAAUAGAAGAAAGUGAAGAUGAAGGGGAGGAUCCUGCUCUUGACAGCCUCAGUCAGGCCAUAGCUUUCCAGCAAGCCAAAAUUGAGGAAGAACAAAAAAAAUGGAAACCCAGUUCAGGGGGUCCCUCAACAUCUGAUGAUUCAAGACGCCCAAGGAUAAAGAAAAGCACAUAUUUCAGUGAUAAGGAAGAACUUAGUGAUUAAAAUUAUACUUACUAUGUUGGAAUCAAUGUGGAAAUUACUUAUCCUAUCAAAAGAAUCUUAAGCUCUCCUUUCAUCAUUGUCAAAGACAGAAUACCAAGGCAGCUGAGCAGGAGGCACAGAGAAAAUACAGAUGCAGCACCAAACACAAGCCAUUUACCAUAGUAUGCAAUUUUCACAGACUAUUUGCAGAACAUAUGGAAAGAAGGUAAAGCCUCUUUGGAAAGCAGUUUGAUAAGCACUGUUACUAAAGUAACAAUGUAAGUAAUUACAGUUAGAGACAACCCUAGGUCCACAGAAUGGGUUUAACUACUGUCAGUUAUUUUAAAAAUUGCUUUCAUAAGAUCCAAAUUUUAAGACUCCUUAGGUACUGUUAUAGAUAGCAUCAAUUAAUAAUUUCAGUUAAGCACUGGUUGGUUUGUCUCAGUGGUUAUAGUGUUGGCCCAGGGUCCUGGGUUUGAUUCUGGCCAAGGGCAUGUGUGUCCAUUACAGGCUCAAUCCCUGGCCCUGGUUGAUGCGCAAGCACUGUUUUAAAAUCACUACAAAUAUAAACUAACAAUCCCUUUUAGGUAGACAUUAUUUUCAUCAUUAUAUAGAUGACAGAAUUGACGCACAGAGAGGUGAAGUAAUGUACCCAAAGUCAGUCAUUAAGCACAAAUAGGAUUUCAAUUCAGGCAAACAGCCCUGGCCAGUUUGGCUCAG